CAACUGUCAAACUUUUUCUAAGCUGUCAAAAACAAUAAAAUAUAAACAAAAAGAAAACUUGAAAUUUUAACUAUUAUGACCGUACCAAACUCUCAAGAGAAUGAGGCAAAAAAAGAUUCUUCUUCUCCUGUACAACAACAACAACAGGAAGAAGCAGAAGAAGAAAAGAAAUAUUUACAAUCAUAUAUUCAAGAAGCUGAAGAACGACUUACAUCCAAAGCUGAAUUGCGUGCUGUAAACCAAAACGUUCAAAAUAACAGACCGAACGAAACCUAUUUCAGUAAAUUAGACUCCAGCCUUAAAAAGAACACUGCCUUUGUUAAGAAAAUUCGUAAUUUUAGUGGAACGCAAAUCGAUGCAUACCUAAAGGAGAUGUCAGGUUUAAAUUUAUCAAAGUAUAUUUCGGAAAUUGCUUCAGCUAUAGUGGAUACAAAAUUAAAAAUGACUGAUGUUGGUGCAGCUGUAAAAAUGUGCAGCAUUUUACAUCAAACAUAUGCAGAUUUAUCUCAGCACUUAUUUGAGAAUUGGCAAAAAAAUUUAUCGUUUAAAGUAGGUGAAAAGAUUGGUAAUCCUAGUAAACUCCGAGUUGAUUUAAGAUUUUAUGCUGAACUGGUUAGUGCAGGCUUAUUUAACCACAAAAAUGCGUUUAGUUUAUUAGGAAAUGUAUUAACCACUUUAAUAAACAUGGAUAAAGAGGAACAUUUAAAUAUAUCAAUCAUUUUAAGUUUUUGUCGACAUUGCGGUGAUGAUUACGCCGGUUUAGUACCUCGAAAAGUUAGAGAAGUAUCAGAAAAAGAAAAAAUUCAAAUUCCAAAAAGCAUGUUUUUACCACCAGAAAAGCAACAGAAUGUCAGAUCAUUAUUAAAAGAUUAUUAUGUUUCUUUAACUAAACAUUUAGUUAAAGAUCACAUUGAAAUGCAAGAAUUUGAAAAGCAAAACCACCGUAUUAUGCAAACUAAAGGCGAAUUAAGUCAAGAAAGAAAAGAUAAAUUGGAAGCUUUACAAAUUUCUUAUGACAAAUUAUUAACUGCAACGCAAAGUUUUUCAGAAAUUUUAGAUGAAGAUAUGCCUACAUUAAGAGCUAAUGUUAUAAUUAAACAGGAUGAGACUAUGGUAAUAACCGGAACAGGGGCAGAUUUUGAAGAAGGGAUUAAUAACACCAACAUUGAAAUGAUUUGGGGCGAUGUUGACACACAACGAUUUUAUUGUGAACUUCCUGAACUUCAAGCUUUCCUUCCAACUUCUUAUAUACAAAAGAAUCAACCACAACCACCUCCAGAAACCGUUUCUGAAGAAGUUUUAGAUAAAGAAAUUCCAGCUGAAGAACUUGAAGAUGAUGGAAAAGCAGAAGAAACCAUAGAAGAUGAAGUUGACGAUACAACACAAAUAACAGUAGGAAAUAAAAUAGUUUUAGAAGCCUUUUUAAAUAAUCUUUCAAAUUGUGUAAAUCGUGAAAUGAUUGAUAACGCAGCAAUAGAUUUUUUAAUAACAUUAAAUAACAAACAUAACCGUAGAAAAUUAGUUCGUUCGUUGUUUGGUGUAAAUCGAACCCGUUUGGAUUUACUUCCAUUUUAUGCUCGGUUUGCUGCAAUUCUUUACCCAGCCUUACCAGAAGUUAGUAACGAUUUAUGCCAAAUGCUUCGGCAAGAUUUUAAAUAUCACGUCCGAAAGAAGGAUCAAAUUAAUAUCGAAUCAAAAAUAAAAGUUGUACGCUACAUUGGAGAACUUGUCAAAUUUAAUUUGUACUCAAAAAACGAAGCUUUGUAUUGUUUAAAAGUGUUAUUACACGAUUUUUCGCAUCACCACAUCGAAAUGGCUUGUAAUUUAUUGGAAGUGUGUGGACGAUAUUUGUUUUGCCAUCCAGAUUCGCAUCAACGAACAAAAGUCUAUUUGGAGCAGAUGAUGAGAAAAAAAUCUGUUAUGACUUUUGAUUCGAGAUAUGUUACUCAAAUUGAAAACGCUUAUUAUUAUGUUAAUCCACCGGAUGUAGUUGCUGUUACUAAAAAAGAACGUCCUGUUAUGCACCAAUUUAUUCGGAAAUUAUUGUACCAAGAUUUACAGAAAAACAAUACUGACAAAAUUAUUAGGUUGAUGAGAAAAUUGGAUUGGAAUAAUGAAGAAGUUGCCGCGUAUGCUGUUAAAUGCCUUACAGGAGCUCAUAAUAUGAAAUAUUUUAAUAUUAGAUGUUUAGCUAACUUAUUAGCAGGGUUAGUGUCGUAUCAAGAAGAAGUCGGAACGAGAGUUGUUGAUGGUGUAUUAGAAGAUAUUCGGUUGGGAAUGGAAGUUAAUCUUCCUAAAUUUAAUCAGCGAAGAGUUGCUCAAGUCAAAUAUCUUGGUGAACUUUAUAAUUAUAGAAUUGUGGAAAGUGCAGAUAUUUUUAAGGUUCUUUAUUCUUUUAUAACAUUUGGAGUCAGCAUGGAUCCAACAAAUCCAAGCGUUUUAGAUCCCCCAAAUCAUCUAUUACGUAUCCGCCUAUGCUCCAUUCUUUUAGAUACAUGCGGGAUGUAUUUUACAACCGGAGGAAGUAAACGUCGUUUAGAUUAUUUUUUAACUUACUUUCAAGGUUAUUAUUGGUUUAAACAUUCUUUGUGGGGCGAAUCUUUUCCGCCUCCCUUAGAGCAUCUGUACAAAGACACGUUAUUUAAUUUAAGACCGAAAUUAAAAUUGUGUCAAAGCUAUGAAGAAACACAAACGGAAGUCAAUAAUAUUAGAACUCAAUUAGGAAUUGAUCGUUUAAUUGGUGGUAGUGAUGUUAAUAAGGACGAUGAUGGAUUAGAAAGCAUUGCUGAAACUGAUAAUGAAGAUAUUGGUGAUGAUGAGAUGUCAGAAGGUGUCACUGGACCAAUAACAGAUGAUGCCACAGAAGAUGAAACUGCUGAACAGGGUUCAGAUGAUGAAGAUGUGUUAAGUGAAGGAGAAGAAGAACCAGAAGGAGGGGUUGUUUCAGAAACAGAAGCAAUUCCAAGUGGGCCAAAAAAAGUUGCAUGUCCAGAAGAUGAUGAAUUUUUAAAUGCUUUAGAUAAAAUGGUUUCUGAAAACAUUCAAGAAAGAAUGCGCGAACCUGUAAAGGCUUCAAACGUAGAUAUAUCAGUCCCAAUGGUCGUUAAAUCCAGUAAAAAAACUUAUGAUCAAUUACAAGAUACUCCUGAAAAAGAAACAAAUACAAUGGGUUUUGUGCUUAUGUUAAGAAAAGGAAAUAAGCAACAAUACAAAACGUUUCAAGCUGAUGUCAAUUCUGAACUUGCUCAAAAUCUUCGCGAUCAAGAAUUGGCGCAAAGAGAAGAAAAACAACGCGUUAAGAGACUAACUUUGAAUAUAACCGAAAGAUUCGAAGAGGAAGAUUAUCAGGAAAUGAUGCAAACUCAACAAAGACCGGUCACGCAAAAUUUAAACAGGGAAAGAAAAAAAUAUCAACAUCCCAAAGGUGCUCCAGACGCUGAUUUAAUUUUUGGUCCAAAAAGAGUUCGCUAACAUUUCCUUUAAUUUUUGUAAUUAUUA